GUGGAUUCAUUGAGGGGGGGGUCAUGUCCAAACCUUCAUCCAACGUUAAGGCCUUGCAGGCUAAUUUGAACAUCCCGAUGGGAGCUUUGCGUCCAGGGGCGGGACUUCCUGUGAAGAGGAGAGAGGAAGCAGUAGACACAGAAGAGAGUCAGCCACCAGAAGCACCAGAAUGCCCUCAAGCCCGGACGCCAGAUGAGAAGAAAAUGUUUCCAGGUGCAAAGCUACCUGGACCUGCUGUCGACCUGUCAGAGCUGCAAAACAAAAAGAGCGAACUACGAUGGGUCACCAAGGACUAACACGAGGUU